AAUUUUUUUUUAAAAUUUAUUUUUAGAAUAAUAAUAAUAAAGAUUUAGUGAUUAAAUAAUUUUUAGAAUAAUAGCACUGGAUGGAAUUUGACUCAACCCGCUCUCUGUGUACGUUUGGAGACGCGCCGUCGCCGCUUGCAGGUGGCAAAGGAACGCUCGGAAGGCCGGAGAGGUAUUCUGAGAAAUUGCAAGCAACCGAUCUAGGGUUUCUUUACAAGGAGCUUUCCGACCUCCCUUGGUUGUAGGAAGCAAAGGUCACAAAUUGUGGGAGGAUCAUACCUGUACUCUGUUGCUUAAUGUAUUACUGAAUUGUUAACGUUUAGUAUUGUACAAAAAGAUCAUAUCUUCCUUGCAAGUUUGUAUAAUCGUCUCUUGCAAGAGAGUUUGAGUUUACAACAAUGAGAAGAAAUGAACUACUUGCAAAUUUUGCUCUUUUAGGUAUGACCUUAGCUCCACUUGUUGUGAAAGUAAAUUCCAAUGUGAAUGUAAUUUUGACAGCAUGCCUGACUGUUUAUGUUGGUUGUUAUCGCUCAGUCAAGCCAACACCACCCUCGGAGACAAUGUCAAGCGAACAUGCCAUGCGGUUUCCUUUGGUUGGGAGUGCAAUGCUGUUAUCACUGUUUCUUCUUUUCAAGUUUUUCUCUAAAGAUCUGGUCAAUGCUGUAUUGACAUGUUACUUCUUUAUUCUGGGAAUUGUGGCUUUCUCGGCAACACUAUUACCAUCAAUCAAGCAUUUUCUCCCAAAACACUGGAAUGACAACCUGAUUGUUUGGCGUGCUCCUUAUUUUCAUUCUGCUUCUCUGGAAUUCACUAUAUCUCAGGUUGUUGCAUCAAUACCGGGAACUCUUUUCUGUGUUUGGUAUGCUCUUAAAAAGCAUUGGUUGGCAAACAAUAUCUUGGGCAUUGCAUUCUGCAUUCAGGGUAUUGAGAUGUUGUCAUUGGGUUCAUUUAAAACUGGUGCAAUUCUUUUGGUUGGACUGUUUUUCUAUGAUAUAUUUUGGGUCUUCUUCACGCCAGUGAUGGUUAGUGUCGCUAAAUCUUUUGAUGCUCCAAUAAAGCUUAUAUUUCCAACUUCUGAUGCUGAACGACCAUUUUCGAUGCUUGGUCUUGGGGAUAUUGUUAUUCCUGGAAUUUUUGUUGCUUUGGCAUUGCGCUUUGAUGUGUCAAGGGGAAAGCCAAUAUGCUACUUCAAUAGUGCAUUUUUAGGAUAUACAGUUGGUCUGGUCCUUACAAUCAUAGUCAUGAAUUGGUUCCAAGCUGCACAGCCUGCUCUGCUUUAUAUAGUACCUGGCGUUAUUGGUUUUUUAGCAGCUCAUUGUCUAUGGAAUGGGGAAGUAAAAUCGCUGUUGGAGUUUGAUGAAUCAAAAUUGUCCACUGAGCAGAGCAGUGUCAGUUUGGAGCAAGAGGAAGACACACGAACUGAUAGGGAAAAGGAUGAUUAGUUGCUCAUUUUGUGGUUCUUAAACCAAUUCUAAGAUUUUGUUGCAAAUGGCGACACCUAAUUUGAAAGGGCUUUGCUGCCACUUAACUUAUACAAUGGACUGGACUCACUCAUAUAUGAUUUGAAAUUUAUAGAUUGUGGAAUGUUUUUCCUA